UGGCAGAGGCUUCGUGAGAAAGAUACCGAGCGUGUUUUUGUGAGAGAGGGUGAAGUUCAUUCGACAUGCCCGAGAAUGUCUCCCUCAUCAGGAACCGGACGGAAGUCGGGCAGGGUCGCGCUUGGGGUGGCGGAGCGGGCGCGCGGCCAGCAUGGGUCGUCAUGGUGCUCGCCGGGGUGCUGAUCUUCACGAGCGUGGUGGAUGUGCUCGGUAACGUGCUGGUGAUCAUCUCGGUGCUCAGAAAUAGGAAACUGAGAAACGCGGGUAAUGCAUUUGUAGUGAGCCUGGCUUUCGCCGAUCUCCUGGUGGUUUGCUAUCCCUACCCUCUGGUCUUGCAUGGCAUGCUGCACGCGGGCUGGUUGCCCGGGGAGUUGGAGUGUAAGGUCAGCGGCUUCCUGAUGGGUGCGAGCGUCAUCGGCUCCAUCUUCAACAUCACCGCCAUCGCCAUCAACCGCUACUGUUUCAUCUGCCAGGCCAACACCUACGAGAAAAUCUACGGCCGCGCAGGAACCCUGGCGCUACUGAUGUUAGUCUGGGUGCUCACCGCCAUUGCCAUUCUCCCAAACCUGGCACUGGGGUCAUUGACGUACGACCCUCGCGUUUAUUCAUGCACCUUUAGCCAGACAACAAGUGCAGGAUACACCAUUGCUGUAGUGACCGUGCACUUCCUGCUUCCUAUCGCGGUAGUAACGUUCUGCUAUCUGAGGAUUUGGGUGCUGGUGCUCCGUGUGAGGAGGCGGGUCACAACCGACGUCAGGCCACGCCCCCGUCCGGGUGAUUUGCGCCACUUCUUGACCAUGUUUGUCGUCUUUGUGCUGUUUGCCGUCUGCUGGGCGCCGCUAAAUUUGAUCGGCCUGGCUGUAGCGGUGGACCCGCCCCGUGUAGCACCCUUGGUCCCCGAUUGGCUGUUUGUGGUGAGUUAUUUCAUGGCAUACUUUAACUCCUGCCUGAACGCCGUAGUGUACGGACUGCUCAAUCAGAACUUCCGCAGAGAAUAUCGAAGAAUACUUCUGUCACUUUGUAAGCCACGCCUCUUCCUGCAGGAGACAUCAAGGGGCGGGACUGAGCGCAGCAACAAACAUUCACCUGGCAACAACAAUAACGAUGAUCAGCCCAAAGCGAACACAAUAUAACUU